CGGAGGGAAAAGAUUGUCGUGUUCAGCAGAUUUCUCUCAAUUUUUGGUGGAUAGGCUUUUCACUCCUAUAUUUCUUCCAGUUGGCCAGACAUUAUUCAGGCAUAAGAAGUACAGAAGUAGUUCGCUUGACAGUACAAGAGUGAUGUUUCGCAAGAUGUCACGGGAUUUUGAGAAAUAUUACCUGACUCUUGUGAACUCAAAGCUGGUAUUUGAGACAACAUCUUUCGGGAAGACAGAGAAGCCUCAAGAAGAUACACGAAAAAG